GACAUAACUAUCUCUCUCACCAUGUUUCGACGCACAAUCUUGUCGACGGUCCGCUCGUUGUCCACAGCGGCGAAGCUGCCCGCCGAAAUACCCUCUGGCGCGCCUCUUUCCCCGCUGCAGGCUCCGAAUUACCCCGAGACAUGGUCCACUAGUCAGCAACCACGUUCCGCGGCGGUUUCUGGCCCUAGAUUCGAACAGACUGCAAUGGAGCUCCAGCCUUCGCCACUCAGUGCCAUGGCCCUCAUUAACGACGUUCCUGUGAAGAUGGUUCAUGGGCGCAAAGCCGUCUGUGAUGGUGGAGAUGGUCCUCUUGGCCAUCCAAAAAUAUUCAUCAACCUGGAUCUUCCUGGCCCACGUCCCUGCGGAUACUGUGGAUUGCGUUUUGAGCAAGCGCCUCAUCACCACUGA